AUGGCAGCAGUGCCGGAACAACCUCUGUCGCCUACAAAGAUUCCUCUUCUCUCUGAAAAGGCUGUUGAGACACCUGCCACACAAUCCAGUUCAGAUAGCCCUCCCCCUACCCCCUCCCCCUCUCAUCAUGGAGUCAAAAGCAACAUGGAGGGCGCUCUGCCGUCUCUACUCUGGGGAGCAUUUGCACCUUGCGUUCCAGUUGCCGUCAUCUCCAGUGUGCUUCUGACGGCCAUCUUGUACAAUCGAAUUGACAACAGUUACGUCUAUCUUCCUCCGAAGCAAGUAACAACCAGCACGAAUGAAGGGCUGCAGGCUCUCCAAAAUAUUCAGUACAUCGAAAACAAUGGCGGAGAUUCAGCUUACUACCUCUACUACAAGACCAUCACCAACCCAGCAGUGUUGCACAUGAUCUCUUCAUGGACGGCCAAGCUCAUCCCCUUCGUCACCGGGGCAUCCAUGGCUCUUGUUGCUUUCUUCGCGGGCCAGCGCAUUAUGAAGGCUACUGCCAGCAAAUCCGAGAAGCUGCCCAGUCCUCACCAGGUAUCCAUCCUGAUCGGGCUGCUCAAUGGAGGUGGGACGCAACCUCUGCUUGAUGCCGUCAAGUACCGGUGGCAAAACCACGAGAGCCUUGUUCAACCUGUCCCCCUCGCUUUUUGGUGUCUGUCGUUCAUUGUGUUCAUGACCUUCGCGAUCGGCGCAGUCGACAGCUGGUUUGGUACAGUCACCACGGCCAUGAACAUUGCAUUGGUCAUUCCGCAGAACCAUACGACAUUCUCUUUUGGAAGGGGUCUAAACUCCAGUCAGUGUGGGCCAGGGGAUUGGGCUGUACGGAGUUGUCCAAGCAACAAUCAAGCCAGCUGCAGCUACCCGUGCAGCAUUACGAAUUGGACUGCGGCGAACGGCGAGCGGCAAGGCGUGCUCAACGCACAGCAAGCCGCAGAGGUUCUGAUGUCCAACUCGCUGAACAACACAAUCUACAAUGUCACGGUCAAUGGUUCCAACUACUACUUCCUCGGAGAUGUCAAGAGCAACACGAAGCUUGACUUCACCGCGACAACACUGGCCAUCAAGACGCAAUGCCAAGUUAUCACACAAGAUUGUAACGUCACACCGAACGCCGACAAUGUCAGCUCGAGCUUUACGUGCGGCGCUUACAGCGCACCGUCCUUCUCGUACUCUGGAGAGGUUGGCAUAGACCCUAAGAGCGCGACGUCGGCCAUGGACGAGGCAAUGGUCGGCAUUCAAUUCUUCAACGACACGGCAAAGACCCAGCCGGUAGGGUUCGGAAGCAGCACCACCGACCUCUUCAGCACGCAGAAUCCACUCCAAUUCUUGGCCUGGUCAAAGGGAUUCCCACCCGUAGAUACCUAUGGCGACGAGUUCAUAAACAUGCGGAAGGACCACUAUCUCAAAUACGACGCCAGCGGCGAUACCGUGUUCGUCAUCAGCUGCUCGGCGACCAUCGCGCAGGUCAAAUACAAGUGGACCAACGCCACGGUGAGCCUUGUGGAGCUGGAGGCGGACGAGGAUGUGGCCGACUACUACGGAGCCGUCUUCAGCGCGCCGUUCGCCAUCAACAGCCCGCUUUCGCACCUGGCGCUCCAAGACGCCUCGGCGCUGGCCGCGUAUCAGAAAACGCCCGAGGGAUUGUCCAAGAUCUUCGGCGACCGAUUCUCGCAGGCCGCCGUGGCUCUCAGCUCCGGGAUCGCGAUCGGGGUGCGGAACGAGCUCGAAUGGACGAGGCAAAACAAUUUCCUCGCGGUGCGCGUGCCAUACGUGCCACUCUAUCUCCUCGUCACGCUCAAGGCCAUCUACGCGCUGUUCGCGCUCAGCCUGGCCCUGCUGGCGGUGUUCCUGACGCAGCCGUCGCAGGCCCAAGAAGUCAAGGAGCGGUUGACGGUCGACGGUCUCGCGGCGGGCUUCUUCGAGCCCAGCGCCAACCACGAGCGGGCCGUCAAGGACGUCUGCGACCUGUUCGAGGAGCACAAGAGCCCCGAGAAGAGCGAGGACACCAAGAAGAUCGGCCUGUUGCAGACCGACAAGGGCGGCUGGCUGUGGGUCGCCGUGGCCCAGAAAGCCGCCCAGGGUUUGGGAUUGCAAGCUGCAGCCAGCUACGCGGCAGACCAGGUUGCCGAUGUGGCGGCGGCGCAGAUGGGGACCGUGGGCACGUUGGGUCAAGGUUAUCAGUUGGUCAAGGAUAUCAUUUAG